GCCCGGAGCUAUCCACUCGUGAGGGCAGAGCAACUGCCGGCGGCGGCGGCGGCACGAAGCAAUGUAGACCGACAUGGGGGAGGAGAGGACGGGGAAGAAGGGAACACCCUGCCGCCGCCAUGCAACGCAUGGAGCUUUGCCCCCGCGUGGCCAGCCGGCGAUGGAGAGGAGAGGCAGCGUGAAGAACAACAGAUUUUGGGUGAUGCGCGGCCGCCGCUCGAGUUGCCUGGAGGGGACGCAGGGGCCAGAUUAAUUUUUUCGGAGACCCAAAUCGUCGUUUCGAAAUAUGAGUAGAUGGAGGGAGUAUUUGGAAUUAAUCAUGAAAUUGAGUAAUUUUCCAAAACUGGAACCAAGUCUUCCUUUUCUCCAAAAAAGGAAAAGGACAAGGCGAAGUCUUCUUCGCUGAAGAGCAAGCGUCGCUCUCCAUUUCCGACCAUGAAAACUAGCACCAAGAUGGGCAAAGAUGCCCGUAGAAGCCGGCAAGCUCGUGCCCGGCAGCGGCUUGGAACCGGUCGUCCUCGUCCUUCCACGCCCUCCGGCCCUGUCCUCUCUAAUUUAACCCCACUAGGCCUUCCCGAUUUUGCCUGACCUCGUCCCCCCUUAACCUCCCCUCCUCCUGCUAUUCCACUCGCACCCUUCCUUUCAGGAGGAGAAGGUCCAAGGGGGGAUCAGUUCCAUUGCACUUGAUCCCAUUUUCUCUUCCUGGUUUGCUUUUGCCAUUUUUUGAUUCGUGAGGUCAAAUAGAGCCCGGUUCCUCCCCCCUUCCCUCAGAGGCGCUGCCGCCUUUCUUGGCUUCUUGAUUGGGUUCCGGCUGCUGCUACAUUCUUGAUUCACUUGGAAAAUGAUCAAGUGGGGGAUCAGCAGCGGGACGCCCGCGGAUGCGUACUACGAGAUCCGCUCCGAUUGCACAGACGAUGUGCCCAAAAGCAAGUUCAAGAUCAAGGCUGGCAAAACACUGAGUGUUCGGAAAUGGCAAGCUGCAUUUAAUCCUGAUGGCUGUCUUGACAUUGUCUCGGUCCUAAGCCGGAUACAAAAAGGAGGUGUUCACCCGACUGUCAGGGGGGAGGUUUGGGAGUUCUUACUUGGCUGCUUUGAUCCGAGGAGUACCUUUGAUGAGAGGGAGGAGAUCAGGCAAAUAAGAAGGCUACAAUAUGCUAGAUGGAAGGAAGAAUGCAAAGAGAUGGAUUCUCAUGUUGGUAGUGGUAAGGUUAUCACAGCACCACUUAUCACUGAGGAUGGAAGACCUAUCAAGGAUCCUUUGGUUUUACUUGAGGCUACUUCAAACCAAAACACCUCAGAGGGUGCUUCAACUAGCAGCCACAAUGGAAUUGAAGUAGACGAAUCUGCAGAAUGUAUUACUGACAAGCAAAUUAUUGAAUGGAAGCUUACAUUACAUCAAAUUGGACUUGACGUGCUACGUACUGACCGCACCAUGGUAUUUUACGAGAACAAGGAAAAUCUUUCAAAGUUGUGGGAUAUUCUAGCCGUGUAUGCAUGGAUUGACAAAGAUGUUGGUUACUGUCAAGGAAUGAGUGAUUUAUGCUCACCAAUGAUUGUGCUACUCAACGAUGAGGCAGAUGCGUUUUGGUGCUUUGAGAAGUUGAUGCGUAGAUUGCGAGGAAAUUUCAGAUGCACAGAUCAAUCUGUUGGGGUGGCUAACCAACUUCAGCACCUUGCAUCUAUCAUUCAGGUGCUGGACCCCAAGCUACAUGACCACCUAGAAACACUUGGUGGAGGUGACUAUCUUUUUGCAUUCCGUAUGUUCAUGGUUCUAUUUCGACGUGAGGUGUCAUUUGGGGACUCCUUGUACCUGUGGGAGAUGAUGUGGGCUCUCGAAUACGAUCCGGAUAUCUUCUUUGCAGCAUGUGAAGAAGCAAGCGGUGCACAUAAAAAAGUAUCGAAAUCAAAAUUAAGAGGAGUGCGCCAUUUUGCCAAGUGGGAUAAGGACAAGGACAAGGACAAGGACAAGGACAAGGACAAGGACAAGGAUGUCUCUGAGGAAACUGAUGGCCCAGUUCCCAUUUCAGUUUUCAUGGUUGCAAGUGUGCUCAAGGAAAAGAGAGAAAAACUGUUACAAGAAGCUAGAGGACUGGAUGAUCUUAUUAGGAUAUUGAAUGAUGUAAAUGGGAAUUUAGAUGCGAAAAAAGCCUGCGCUGGAGCUCUGAAACUUCACAAGAAAUACCUCAAACUGGUACAGGCAAAGAAAACCUAAAAAGGCACCGGAAGAUAUGCUUCCACUGAGGGAUUCUUUACCAUUUGAAUCUACACAUACACGACCAUAUUUGGCACAGAAACAGCGAGUGAAGGUUCUCAUGGGUGGUCAUAAUCGGAAGAUGGCCCCAGAUACAGGAUAGAUGCAACUUCUGUAUGUAAUGAUAUCACAUUCUCUGUAUCCCACAUAAGUUCAUAUGCUUGUACAGACAUGGUGCUGUGGGUACCUUGCAAAAAUAAUAAUUACAAUUCAAGUUGAAAUGUCAUGCAUGUUGAGAUU